GUUAUGCCAGACUUCCAGAUGAGAGGACGAGACUAUGAGUGAAGAGCGCUCUGGAGAUUGCGUGCAGUUCUUUUCCUGGGUCCAAACUGGAUUGAUCUGAGAACAAUAAUUAUGAGGCUGACAUGUCUGUUCUCCUUCAUCUUGCUGUUUGGAGCAGCUGGGCUUGUUGUCUUCAUUCACCUGCAGGAUCCAGAAGAAAUAGUUCAUCAGCAGACACCAGGGAUAAAAUAUAACAUGGGACUCCAGCAACCAAAAAAAGACUGCGUUUCCAGCAAUAACCAGGAUAGAAGAUUAAGAAAAAGUACUGCAGACGGGGUAGCAACAGUAAAGCUGAGUGGUUCAUUACACCCAUCUGAAAAUGUGCCCUCCAAGCUUCAAAGCAUAGACAGAAGGCAAAGCAGCACAAUGUUUAUGAAAGAUUACCAAGAGAAAAGUGAGGAAACUAAUUCAGUGAGGCUCCAUAAACGGAGGAGGAGGUUUGUAAUUAAGAAGAGCCCAAUUCUGAUUUCCAUGAACAGUUCCACUCUCAACUUGCCCACACUUAAAUACGACGACAGAAAUAACAAAUGGAAAAGUCUCUACCAGAUACAAAGCAAAAGAAAGCAAAUAAUGAAGGAAAUUUGUUCUAAGUACAAGAGUAAUAACAGAAGAAUAAUCACUCCUUACCACGUUUCUAGAAUAUUUGUAGAAGACAAAUACAGAGUUUUGUACUGUGAAGUACCAAAAGCUGGCUGCUCUAACUGGAAACGGGUGCUCAUGGUUCUCAAUGGGCUGGCUUCUUCCACUAAAGAUAUACAACACAACACAGUGCACUACGGCAACUAUCUAAAAAGGCUGGAUGGGUUUGACCGCAAAGGAAUUUAUCACAGGCUCAACACUUACACAAAGAUGCUUUUUAUUCGGGAACCUUUUGAAAAGCUGGUAUCUGCAUUUCGGGACAAGUUCGAACACCCAAACAAUUACUAUCAUCCCGUAUUUGGAAAAGCCAUCAUUUCCAGAUACCGUGUCAAUGCCACCAAAGAAGCAUUAAGGACAGGCUCUGGAGUCAAAUUUAAAGAGUUCAUUCAAUAUCUCCUGGAUGUACAUAGGCCAGUGGGUAUGGACAUCCACUGGGAUCACGUCAAUAGGCUUUGCAGCCCAUGUCUAAUAGAUUACGACUUUGUUGGGAAAUUUGAAAGCAUGGAAGAAGAUGCAAACUUUUUCUUGCACCUAAUUGGUGCUCCACAAAAUUUGACUUUCCCUAAGUUCAAAGAUAGGCACUCCAAUGAAGAAAGAACUACCACUAAAAUCACACAACAGUACUUUGCACAGCUUUCUCCCUCUCAAAGGCAACAAAGUUAUGACUUUUACUACAUGGAUUAUUUGAUGUUUAACUACUCAAAACCUUUUGAAGAUUUAUACUGAUUUGAGUGCUGGGACACUUCCCGUUUCAGUUGAACUUCAUUACAAACCCAGGUGGCUUCUGUUUAUACACACGUCUGUUAGUAAGAAUUGAUCAAAGAACAGGAAAACAAACCUAAAACAGAACAUAAGUGGUUAGUGAUGUUUACACCUUCACCUUAAAUGCCUCCUUUUUCAAAUCAUUUAUGACGUGUAAGUAUAUACGUGUAUAAUAAUACUAUAUGUCAGGGCUCCCAAAUAAAGCACAUAAUUUUC